AUGGAUAAUCCAGGCGACAUGGUCGACAAGUGGAAGGAGCUCUACCCAACUCAGUUCCUCGCUAUCCACCUCGGAACCUGGAAGAGCCGCGUCAUGGUCGUCUGUCCUCCCACACGCCUGGAGAAGCUUCAUUUGAUGCAAUUCAUCCAUUACCCCCUUCACCAUCCUCAUCGCGGUUCUCUUCAACAGACUUACGACGACUACUACGGUCGCAAGGACUGGCCGUCACAUGGAUACCCAUUGGAUGAUGAUGGCCCAGAUUAUGAUGCAGAUGAUAGAGGUCAGCACCAAUCAUGCCAACCUGUACCACUCAGGUAUGGCUUUUAUCUUUUGGCAAAGGAGUAUGGCAAGGCUAGUAUUCAGCAUCCAAUUGCGCAAGAUCUUGCGUUUUACGACUGCCCUGAACUCCGGCGCAAGCUGUAUUCAGGUCUUGUAACCAUGUUGAGGAUGAUCCGCGAAGUAAGCGAGAAUGACCCUACCUCGGAGGGUCUGAACGCCGACCGGGAACUUGGCAAUAUUUGCCUUACUAUACCGGCACAGUGGGAUUCUUCGUUUCAAAAAGUCUACCUUGACGCUCUUGCCGCUGCGUUCGAUUACCAACCUGAGACUUUACGCGAAAAGGUCAUGUUCAUCACCGAGCCCGACGCCUUGGUGCAUGUGAUUUAUGGCUGUUUGACCCACAAGCCUACUCCGAUGAAUCGCCAGCCACAGAUUGAACUCUUUCUCAACUUUGGUACUCAUACGACGGUAUGCUCAACUCCUGCGAAUAUCAUCUUACUUACCGUAUUAACCCGGUCCUAUUCUUCACAGGACGGCUCUAUGUUUUGGGUGGGCCCCCAAGAGGUCAAUGGACCCACGACUGUCCGUACUCGAUUUUUCCGUAUGGGCGAUCCAUUUGAUGACUCUUUCUUCUCAAGAGAAGGACGACCCUUAUCCGCAAGGGAAAGGCUUCAUAUUACUUCUAAGCUCAAGUUGUCCGGAGCGAGGAAAUGGGGUCCAAACUACCGCUCGCAGGGCACUUGCUUCUCGAUUCUUACGGAUGGGCCCGCGUAUAAGACGGUCGAGAUAUCGAUCUCUGACCAGGAAAUUCGACAUUGCUGGGAAUCUGCUUACCGUCCCUCUCUGAGGGUUGUUGCUCAACAGUUCGCCCUAUUCAAGAAAAUCAGGACAGAGACAAGUGCUCCAGGUCUCGUAUACGUUACGGGUCAAGAUCUGUGGAGAAGUCGUCCCCUUGAGGCCGAAUUGGAAAAUCUUGCGAGACAAGCUGGCAUCACGAACUUUCAGAUCGAAGAAAGUUGUGCUGUUUUUGGAGCAAUUCGAGCAGCCGAGAUGAAGCUCACUGUUGAACAGUUCAUCAUCCAAGGGGUUGGUAUUGGUUUGCAAAAGAAGUUGCCUGGUACAUCUCAGUGGGAGGAUGAUGCUGCGUUGCUUUGUUACUACGACAUAAAUACCAAGGAAUAUCAACGAAGCAGAUCCACCAGUGCCCAGCCUCAAGUCGAGGGUACCCAGUUCCGCCUACUGUGUAAUCCCCUUUACCACGUCAUCCCGCCGAAGAACUCUCAGUCGGAGAAGCCCCCCAACAAAGCCAUGAAAACACCGAUCAAGUCAUAUCAGUCGUAUGUCUUGUUCGAAGACAUGCCCACGGUCCAACAGCGUGGGAAGUACGUUUGCCAUGUUGCCUUUGAGGGCAGCGGGGAUGAGAUGUUCUUGCUCGUCAACGUCGAGCAGGGAAGACCGUCGACAACCAAGACGGCAGAGCUUCGUCUCCGCCUCCGGUACAAUCCGGUCCCCAGACGUGCCGAAGCGUUUUUGGAGCCAGCUGAGGGCGAUGGAGAAGAUGAAGACAUGGAAGAGGCUGCUUGA